GAACAAAACCAUCAGCCAAUGACAAACGAGUACGAUGACCGAGCCCUCGGAGUCAUUUACAGAAAACAUGCUAAUGCUGAAGUGGACCAAUCGCAGAGGGACAAGUGAUUCAGGUGGAACGGGAUUGGCUGAAAGGAAACUUCUGCAGGUGAGAGAAAGAGAGAAAGAGAGAGUGAGAAGAGGAAGAAGAAGAAGAAGAAGAAGAAGAAGAAGAAGAAGAAGAGGAGGUGAAACGACAGGAUGAUUCGUCCGCUGCUGCUGUGUUUCUUCCUCUGCGUCGCGUGCGGCCGCAGCAAACCGACCGAGAAGAAGAGUCGAGUGGUCGAGGAAGAGCCGCUCAGCCACGCCAAGCACGAAGACGACGAAGGCUUCGAAUACGACCACGAAGCUUUUCUGGGAGAAGAUGAAGCCCCAAAAUUUGACAAGCUCCCCCUAGAGGAGAGCGUGCGUCGACUCAGCCUGAUCGUGGACAGAAUCGACGUCAACAAAGACGAUUUCAUCUCAGAGGACGAGCUGAAGAUCUGGAUCGAGACCGUUCAGAGGAACCACACGUUCGACCAGAUGGAGAGUCAGUGGAAACACUACGACGCCGACCAGGACGGACUGAUCAGCUGGGACGAGUAUAAUCGCACCAAGUACAGCGACGGCACUCACCUGGAGUCAGAGUUCAACUACAGCAAGGUGAUGGUGCGGGAGGAGCGACACUUCAGAGCCGCCGACAGGGACGGAGAUUUCAAAGCAGACAAACAAGAGUUCAACGCUUUUCUUCAUCCUGAAAACCACCAGCACAUGAGAGAGAUCGUGGUUCAGGAAACGAUCGAUGAAAUCGACAAGAACGGAGACGGCUUCAUCGACCUGAAAGAGUUCAUGGAUGACCUGCAAAUCCCAGAAAAUGAUGAGAACUUUCCAGAGUGGGCUGAAACCGAACGUCAGCAUUUCUUGGAUAUAAAGGACAAAAACAAAGACAGGAAGUUGGACAGGCAGGAAACCAUGGACUGGAUCUUCAAGCCUGAUUUGAGCUACGCUGACGCUGAAUCUAAACACCUGGUGACGGAGUCCGACGCCGACAAGGAUGGAAAACUGACCAAGACGGAAAUCCUGAACAACCACGAGAUGUUUGUUGGAAGUCAGGUGACGAACUACGGAGAAGCUCUUCUACGACACGACGAGUUCUAGAUGUUUACAUAGAAAACGUGAUUUUUACUCCUGUUUUUCACUGGUACAUGAAUCUGGGUUAUUUUUCUGGUUAAAUGUUUAUUGGUCAGUUUGGUGUUUUUCAGGUUUAAUGUCACAAUCUGUAAUCUGACUAAAACAACUUCUCUACAAUAAAAAUAAAAGAACAUUUUUAAAUGUC